CUUGUAGUUGUUUGUAAACAGCAACACGUUGAUCUGUUUUGUGUGGAACGGAUUGUUUCAUAAUCGAUUUUACAAACAAACGAAACCCAUACGCGAGUGAACGAUGGAGUUCCAAGAGAUGACGAUCAUCGAGGAGCAUAAUCCAUCCGAGGGUCCUCACCGUAAGGAAUCGGGAAAGAGAGGACGCAAGCCGGGACGGAAGAGUGCCGACAAAGUGGACAUGAAAGCCAAAUUAGAACGUAGUAGACAAAGCGCGAGGGAGUGCAGAGCUCGCAAAAAGUUACGUUACCAAUACUUGGAGGACUUGGUUUCCGAUAGAGAAAAGGCAGUGUUUGCUCUACGAAAGGAACUGGAGAAGUAUACCAACUGGUCUAAGGAGAUCGAUGAAGGGAAGGUUCCGGAGGGUCUGCAAGAGUUCCUCGAAGAAAUGGGAACCAUGAAACAGGAGGUCUCCAUGUAGUUCAACAGCGCACAUCAAAAUCCGAAUUACAACUACCAAUACAAGAAUAUCGGUGAUUCUUCACCAUUUUAUUACUACUACCUUGAUUAUUAUCGUUUUUUUUAUGUGCAUCGCGCAUUACAUUCGUUUAUUGUGACGAGAAUUUAAUUAUUUUUUUUUUGCUUUGAUUACUGUGAUCGUAAAACUGUUGUAGAAUGUACGGAAAUAAAUAUAUAUUUUAUAUCGUUAA